GCAGCCCGCGCAGGGAGGCUGAUGGCCAGAGGUCUGGGGUGGGAGGGCCUGGAGCCCAGCUUUACUCGUUAGAACACCGUUGCAGGUUCAUGGUCAGUUCGUUAGGUAGCUCCAGGCAUGUUUCUUGUCAUGAUGUAUGGGAUAGGAAAGAAAGAUUUUGUUGAGUGGCUUUAUAUUUUGUUGCAGUUUAUACUGGUACAGAAGGCAUGCAAGUGUAGUAACUUAUCACAGACUUUUGAGCCCAGAACGUAACUUGAGAGGCAGGAUGCACAUUUUUGGAAAAUUAGGGCUUACCGUCGUGCAGCGACUAACGGUUCAAGGUCAAGAGAGAGAUGCCAACAAAAAGUGCUGGAUUUGCCAAGUAUUUCAAGUAUCCAAAGACAACUUCAUACCUAUAUAAUGUAACAGAAAAAGCUUAGAAAACACAAGGCAAAAAGAAGUGUGAAGCAUAUUUAGCAAGAUGAACAUCUCCGGAAGCAGUUGUGGAAGCCCUACUUCUGCAGAUAUAUCUAAUGAUUUUAAGGAGCUUUGGACAAAACUAAAGGAAUAUCAUGAUAAAGAAGUACAAGGUUUACAAGUAAAAGUAACCAAACUGAAAAAAGAACGAAUUUUAGAUGCACAAAGACUAGAAGAAUUCUUCACCAAAAAUCAGCAACUGAGAGAACAACAGAAAGUCCUUCAUGAAACCAUUAAGGUUUUAGAAGAUCGAUUAAGAGCUGGACUAUGUGAUCGCUGUGCAGUAACUGAAGAACAUAUGAGGAAAAAACAGCAAGAAUUUGAAAAUAUCCGGCAGCAAAAUCUUAAGCUUAUCACAGAACUUAUGAAUGAAAAGAAUACUCUACAGGAAGAAAAUAAAAAGCUUUCUGAACAGCUGCAGCAGAAAAUUGAGAAUGAUCAACAGCUGCAAGCAACUGAGCUUGACUCAGAGGAUAAUGUUAUUCCAGGUUCACCAAUAACAGCCUUCUCAUUUCCUGGUAUUAACCGACUACGAAGAAAGGAAAAUCUCCAUGUACGAUGUAUAGAACAAACACAUACUACACUGGAGCACACUGUGUGCACAAAUGAAUUGAAAAAAGUUUCAAAGUCUUCAACUCAACAACAUAACCCAAAAGAAAAUGAAAUUUUGGUGGCUGACACUUGUGAUCAAAGUCAAUCUCCAGUGGCUAAAACACAUGGAACAAGCAGUUAUCCUACUAAAUCAUCUUUUAAUUUAGUUACAGCUGUUGCUGAAACACUUGAACUUAAUGUUCAAGAAGAAUCAGAAUCUCAGGGACCCAUGAGCCCUCUUGGAGAUGAACUCUGCCACUGUUUAGGAGAUGAAAAGAAAAAACCUUUUGAGGAAUCUAUAAGAAAUGGUGAAGAUACUUUAAGAUUUUCAGAUUGCAUUUCAAAGACGACUCCUCCGCAAGAAGAAUUGACUACUCGGGUGUCAUCUCCUGUAUUUGGAGCUACCCCUAGUGUGAAAAGUGGGUUAGGUUUAAAUACAAGUUUGUCCCCUUCUCUUUUAGAGACUGGGAGAAAAAACAACCUGAAAAUAGCACCUUUCAUUAAUAAUUCUAAUUCUAGAUCAGAGAAGGCUAGGUCAAAAUCUGAAGAUAGUGUAUUUUAUACACAUCAUACUUUUGGGUCUGAAGUGAACAAGAUGAUUAGUCAGACGUCUUCUAAUAAGCAGAUGCUUAUAAGUAAAAAUAUGAGUGAAUCCAUAAGUGAGCAGAAUAGUAUUGAUCACAUGAAAGAUGUUAUGAUGGAUAAAGAUAAACAUUCGGUGCCCCUGAAAUCAUUGGUAGGCAGACCAUCCAAAAGGAAGAAAACUGAGGAAGAAAGUGAAGAUGAAGCUAGCUGUCCCCAGGCCUCUUUUGAUAAAGAAAAUGCUUUUCCUUUUCCUAUGGAUAGUCAUUUUUCCAUGAAUGGAGACUAUGUGAUGGAUAAACCCCUGGAUCUGUCUGAUCGGUUUUCAACUGUUCAACGUCAAGAGAAAAGUCAAGGAAUUGAAACUUCUAAAAUCAGGUUUAGGCAAAUGAAUCUCUAUGAGACUUUGAAACCCAUUCCAAAGGGCUCUUCCUCAAGCCGCAAGGCCUUUAGCGGGAGCUAUAUGUCAACCAGAGACUCCUCAGAGGAGCCAAGUUUGCAGGAAUGCAUCCUCCAGUCCUUGAGUAAAUCCUUGUUAGAUAACAAAGCACCAUUGCAAAUAAAGGAAGAAAAUCCUGUCUUCAAGAUUCCUCUUCGUCCCCGGGAAAGUUUGGAGACAGAGAAUCUUUUUGAUGAUAUAAAGGGUACUGGUUCUCUUGAUUCAAUAAAAAUAAAAAGCAAAUCGGCCCAUGGAGCAUGUGAACUUACAUCAGUUCUUCAGUUAAAUCCAUGUAGAAUUGCUAAAACAAAGUCUCUACAAAAUAACCAAGAUGUACCCUUCGAAAAUAUCCAAUGGAGUAUAGAUCCAGGAGCAGACUUCUCUCAGUAUAAAAUGGAUGUCACUGUAAUAGAUACAAAGGAUGGAAGUCAGUCAAGAUUAGCAGGAGGAGAGACAGUGGACAUGGACUGUACAUUGGUUAGUGAAACUGUACUUUUAAAAAUGAAGAAGCAAGAGCAUAAGGGAGAAAAAAGUCCAAACGAAGAAAGAAAAUUGAAUGAUAGCUUGGAAGAUAUGUUUGAUCGGACAACACAUGAAGAAUAUGAAUCCUGUUUGCCAGAUAGCUUCCCACAAGUAGUAGAUGAAGAGGAAGAAUUGUCAGCCACUACAAAGAAAUCAAAUGCUCAUGAUGAUAAACAAGAUAAAGUCAAACAGAAAGCAUUUGUGGAGCCUUUUCUUAAAGAAGAUGAAAGAGAGACUAGCAUACCAAAUUUUCCUCAUAUCGAGGUGGUCCGGAAAAAAGAAGAGAGAAGAAAACUGCCUGGACACACAUGUAAGGAAUGUGAAAUUUAUUAUGCAGAUAUCCCUGCAGAAGAAAGAGAAAAAAAGUUGGCUUCCUGUUCAAGACACCGAUCUCGCUACAUUCCACCCAACACUCCAGAGACUUUCUGGGACGUUGGUUUUCCUUCUACUCAAACUUGUAUGGAAAGAGGUUACAUUAAGGAAGAUCUGGAUCCUUGUCCUCGUCCAAAAAGACGGCAGCCUUACAAUGCAAUGUUUUCACCGAAAGGCAAGGAGCAGAAGAUAUAGAUGUUGAAGAGAAACAGAAUAGGGGAUAAUUUUUUUUCUUUUUAGUUAUUUAUAAUUAAAGUUGGUAUUACAUAUUGAUUUUUUUAUCUUCUUUAAACUGAUUUAUAAAUCAUUUUUCUAUUGAAAAUGUUCUUAAAUAGCAUUUACCCACCACAGAACAACUAUUUAAAAUGUGGAUAAUGCUUAUUUUGUGUCCUCUUGCUUUCGCACCUUUAAAGCAAUAAGGUGCUUUCAUUUUGCACUCUAACUUAAGAGUUAUUUAUUUACUUUAUUUGCUAAUACCUAAUUACAAUUUUGAAAAUGUGGUUGUGAUUUGUUGCCUUUGAGAGCUUUUCUUUUUGCUCCAUCUUCCCUUGGUAUUUACGUUCAACCAUAACCAUGUUAAUCAUUAUAAAUUUUCAUUGUCUUAUCCAGUUGCUCUUCUGUGGAUCAUUCCAAUGACUGGCAUUUAAUUCUUCAGAAAAAAAAUGCUAAAUUUUGAUAGUUGUUUUGACUUUCUGGCUUCUUUCUUUUGUUGAAAUGAGGUUCUCUGUAGCGAAAGGCUUUCUUUCCUUUUAAGAGACCCACAUAUAUCAGCAUUUCUUCCUCUUACAGACUAUAACUCAACAUUGUCCUUCAAUCUCAUAUUAUUCCAGCUCUUCACAUGUUUCUUUUUAUCAUACUUUUUUGUCUGGUACACUUUUCAAGCUAAAUUUAUUAAGUUCUUCUCUGCCCAUUAUGUUUUAUGUUCAGUUGUUUUGUUUCUCGGGAUUGACUCAUCUUAUGAACUUGCAAUUCGGCAGCAAAAUAGAUUUCUCUAUUUAGCGACUGUCUAUUUAUCUAGAACCUAGUGUCUGAGUCAGUAAGAUGACUGACCACAUCUGUGUCACCUUCUUUAGUAGCAUUUUGUGUAUCUGUCUUUGUAUCUUUUCUUUUAAUCCACACCUUGGCAGUAUUACACAGCAAGAGUACUUGGGACACUGCCUUUGAUAAGUAUGUAUUCUGAUUAAACCAUUUGAAACCUAAGGUUGUCAAAGGCAGCAGUUUAAAUAGGUUAAUCAUGGGUAACCAAAUCCAUUAUGUUACCUUGAAAAAAAAGGCAAAAUGAUGACACAGAAUAGUCUUUCCUAACACCUUCCUGUAGUGUCUUCCCAAAGUCCAAUUGGAAAGGCACCUUAUUGGUAGGCUCAAUGUAUUGGUAACUCAGCUUAAACUACAUCUGGCAUAUGUAUUUUAAAAAAAUGCAUAGAGAACUUUCUUAGGUCUUUUAAAAGAAAGAAAUCUUAAAGACUGCACCACCUUAGAAGUAAGCAUUUGAAAUAUAUCUCAAAUUUUACCAUUCAGCUGUUUAUUCUCCAUAAGCCUAGCAGCCUGAGAGAUGUUUCAAAAUCUUUCUUUGCUGAACCAUUGCCUACUGUCAGAACAGUUUUUUUAGAAACCUAGUAUCAGUUACUUUAUCCUUGAGUCCUGUAGCAUAUUAAGCAAAAAAAAAAAAAAUCAAUGAAAUAGCUUUCUGCUGUCACACCAGCAGAGGCCAGAAUAGAGCUAUUUUUGGAGAAGAAUAGCUUCUUCUGGACCAGGGGCUGACUAGGAAAAUCAUAAAGGAAAAUUUCUAGGAUAAAGAAGAUAUGAGUUGGUAGAAUAAUGAAAGAUGUAAAAAUGAGCUUUCAGGUAACUUAGCUUUUGUUGGAAUAAAACAAAUGGCAGAGACAAUUAACAAAUUUAACAUUUUUAACAGACUCACUGUUAGAAAGAGGCCAAUAGUAAAGUUUAGGACCUACCAUGGAAUGUGCCCUGGUGAUCAAACCAGACUCUAAAUUGCUGAACAAAAGUAAUUAACAUCUUUGAAUUCUGUGCUCAAAGUAUCCUUCAAAACACUGAAAUACUGCAAAUUUAUUAAGAUAAAAAUAGACAUUUUUGAAGAAAAGCUAAGGAAGGAAAAAUUGCCAGCCAACUUGCACUAGAAUACUAACCUAAGUUCUUUAGGAUAAAGGAAAAUGGUAAAAACAAACAAACAAAAAAAAAAAACCCCACAUGGAAAUACAGGAAGGAAAGAAGAGCACUAGACAUAGUAAAUACAUACUUAAUAUAAUUUACUGAUUGACAAGUAGUUUACCAAGUGGAUUUUAUAGUGAGAUGGCAUUUAAACUCAAGAAAAAUACAGAUUAUAAAACUACAAAAUGUGCUGCUGAGCAUUUGAUUAAUAGUUUCAAAGUAUCAAAGAGUAACAGACUGAAACUAAAAUAUUCUAAUCCAACCUUAUUAAUACAUUAGGGGGAUGCAGAUUUCAUGGUCUUCUGUGGAUGAACAAGUAAAUUUGACACUUGGAAUAAUAAAUGGCAGCUUCAGUGUUAUGCCAACUUUAGCAGUACAGUUAUUUCUGUGUUUUGAUUGUUUACCAUCACCCAGUAACAGAGACUGGCUUAUGGGGCAUGUUGGUGGGAAUCCUGAUUAUUUAGGGCAGGUGGUAGUAAUAGCCUCUUUCUUAAGAGGUAACUCAGGAAGUUUGUAUUAGUAAGGUGGGAAAUGUUGGGAAUGGAGAGUGGUCUACCUGGGGCAGACUGAGCUUUACAGGCACUUCCCAGACAUGAAGGGUAAAAGCCUCACAGCCCAAGGACCAGGAUCCUUCCUUAUGGGCUGAUAUCUGGCUCUUCUACUGGCCAUUGGCUGCACCAGAAUAGCACAGAUACCAGGGGACCUGCACACCAGCUGGUUUCUGUGCCAGCGGGUUCCUCAGACAUACUGUUUCAAAAGACUUUUGCAUGUGGUCAUGGUCUGGUCAGUCAUCCCUGCUUGGGUGGCAAAUGUCACAGACAAAUACUGCUGCUCUGCCUUUCUUCCUUAUCCCAAUGCACGUGCAUACCUUUACUCUCGUCCUGUGUGGGUUGAUGGUAGCUUAACUGUCCAGGAAUAAUUGCAUUUCCUUUCCAAGUUCUCAAACUAGACUUUAUUCUGACCCCUAGGUCUAUUAAUUCACUUGAGAGGAUUUGUUGGGUGUCUCCAAGGAUCCUCAGACAAACCUGCCAAGAAAAUGGAUAAUAAAGCCAAGUAGUAGUAUUCAGCAUGGGAGACACCUAAGAGGACAGGCUUGGUGACUUCCUGCUUUAGGUGUAACAAACUUUUUUGCAAUUGGAUUAGACUUAGUUGGCAAAACUACGAGUUAAGCUUCCUGUUUUCUGAUGAGUGUUCUUAAAACAGUUACUUGAGUAACAUGGAAUUAUAUAAACUUUUUUUUUAUAUAAACUUAAAUUAUAUAAGACUUUUCUGUACUUUAUACAUUACCUUGUAAUGAGACACAUUCCCUUCUAGUCUCCGACACCCCCUUUUAUGGGUCAGGGCAAUGACAGGUAUCAUGUUGGGGCCAUCAGUGGUGUGUGGCCCUACUCACAAAGCCAACUUGGCGGAGGCAGAGAUAACUCCAUCCCCAAUUUAAAACAGCUUUAUGUAUAGACUCAUUAAACUCACAAAAGGAGCACCCAAAAAGGGUGCAGCAACAGAGAUAUUCAGGGUCGAACACAGUGCUUUAAAUGUAGAAAGAUUUAAUGUUUGUUGAGUGAAUAAGUGAUGGGUAUAUCUGAGCCAGGAAAACUGGUUCUUGCUAUGCUGUGCUAACACUUGAGUGUUUUAUGGUGUUCACAUCUCACCUUUUAGGCCUUUAGGUUCCUCGUUUGUAAAAUGAGAGGAUUGGACAGUAAAACCUCUGAGGUCCUAUCUAGUUUCAUCAGCUCUCUAGCAGGUGAUCAAUAUUUUUCAGCAAGGUAGAUAAGAGAGCAGUUAUAAUUUUUCCCUAGAGCCAGGCAAAUCAGGGCUGGAGUUCUGGCUCCAUCACUGAAGAAUAUGACAUAGUGUAGUGAGGACCACAGGUUUGGGGGCAGCAAGGAGAAGAGUGCCAGGUAGGAGAAUCCAGCAGAGAAGUUACAGCCCACAGAACACAUAAAGUUGCUUAAAUGAGGAGCUUGGCAAAAUGCACAAAGAGGGCUCCAUGACACCAAUGUUCUUUCUAAAACCCUGGAUCCUUCCUAUUUUAUAAGUUUCAAACUCUGGAGGAGGGAUACAGAGCAGGUGAGCCGUUUCGAGCACUAUCAUUUUUGAAGAGUGAAUUUAAUUCCACAAAUUGUAUUCCAUAGAUGCUGACAACUUAUUUACUCAGAAUGAAGUCAGCAGAAACUGGAGGUAGCACUAGAAAAGUCUUCCCAGGGCUAGAUGAAAAGCCAAGACCAGAUUAGUACUUUCAGUACACCCGCAAACAGAGUUUCCAAACGUGCACAACCUUGUUUCAUAAUUCAGAGCUUGAAAGAAAAGCCAGUUAACCGCUGCAGGUGCAGCACGCAAUGCUGAUAGCUCAGUUAGAGGGUGUUCAUUUCAGGUACUAGGUAUCUGCUCAGCAGCACUAUCUGUCCCCCAAGCUUAUUUUCCUGGGCACCCCAUUUAUUCCAAACAAGGUUAACCUGACACAAGUGCUGAAUUAUCAAAGAUGUUCCCUGGCAUGCACACACCUCUCUCUUCUCCUGCCCAACCCAACCCAUAGAAGCCUCCUUAAUCAAGAAGACAAUAGAAUAGAGAGGAAAUAGAAUGUGGAGAACACUUGUCCCCCCAAAAUAUUAAAAUGUGACCUUGUUAAUUAAAGAAAUCUCCAAAGGGAACAAUGUGGAAAGAGUAGAAUGUGAUUAUCCACAAAGCCAGCUGUGUAAACUGAACCAUGAGUCAUGGUGCUAUUCGACUUUUGACAAUGUAAGCAUUGCAUAUUUUUCAUUCAUUUGAAACUGAAUAAACUAUAGCCUUCACCUCUUGAGAUAAACCACUAUGCUGAGAAUUUUAUCGCCAGUUUAAUCAUCCAAGUCUUCUGAUUAUGUCUCAGACGCUUGGAACCAGGGACUCCAGAACUCUCCGAUUUGCCAGUGACCCUAACCUGAAAUGUUCCCUUUACAAAUUAUUUCUUUAUAGUCUGGCGCCCUACAGUACAGAACUCCAGGAGUCUCAUAUGUGAACUUGCCUACCCACCACUCUGAACUCUAAUGGGCUUUCUCACUUGGGCGGCAGUUCAUCCUAAGGUAAUCGGUCGCCAUUGGGAAAGGAAAUCGGUCUUAGUGAAGGACUUUCUGGAAAAUGAAAUGCUGAAGAAAUGAGGAAGGAGUCCAUGGUGCAAAAGUACUCCCUGGGAAGCAGAGGAACGUAGCAUUGUCCAGGAAAGGCAACAGAGUGGAGCCCAAGGGCACCCCAGUUUUCCUUUGGGUUCCUAUAGUUGUACGUACCCGUAGUGCACACAAUAACGAUGCUGGCAGACUUGCUUUUUCAUACCUGUUCUUCAUAACUGCGCUGGGCAACAAGGGCCUCUCCUGAGUAGUCUCAGGCAGCGGCAAGUUCAGGUACUUGGGAUGCCAGGAAGAAAGGAGGGCACCACAGCUGUUCUUGUUGGCUCCUGACUUUGGUAUCUCAUCUGUGUGGAAAGUGUUCAUUUACGGGGAACUUUGAAUUGCUAUGCCCCACCUGUCAGUGUUGUAGCACCAAACCCAGUGGGUUUGAUGCUAAAAAACAAAAUCCAAGUAGCUCUACUUCUCUGGGAAUUUGCCUCGGCUGGCCUCUAAUCCCGUAGGAGGCUCAGAUUCAUUCUGAAGUUUCAAAAGGUCGUUUCAUAAUAAUACUAUGACACCAUUGCCUUUUCCAUUGUGUUGAUAGCUUCACUGACGGCACAAAACAAUGGUGGGUAAAUGGUACCUUAAUACAAAUCAAGGCAAUAAUCACUGUAUACUUCACUGAUGUGCUGGCCAGGAAAGAAGCCAUUUCCACUUAAGAAUGUUCUUGCUGAGGGGCCUCCCUGGUGACGCAAGGGGUUAAGAUGCAACCUAUGAAAGUAUCCACAGCCACUGCAGCAUGAGUUCCAUCCCCGACUGGCCAGGGAGCAACCCACAUGGUGCAGCAGAUCUCUCCUGACCCGCCCACUGCUCCCCUCAGUAGCGUUUUUCAGUUUGCCUGUUCUGCUCCCUGCUCUGUCUCUGGUGAAUUCUCUCACCACCCGCACCUCUGGCCUGUACCCCGGUUCUUGUAUGCCUAAAUAAAUAAAUCUUUAAAAAAAAAAAAGAAUGUUCUUGCUGAGGCAGUAAAAAAAGGAAGGAAUUUUAUUAAAUUUCAGUAUUUUAAAGUAUUCUCUGUCGGGAUGGUGUCUUGAGCAAAGUACUUAUCUAAUUGAGUCUCACUGAACCAGCAGCUGCAUGGAGAUCCACUUCCAAAGAAGGCCUAGCAGAAAUGUGAUUAUUCAGACUUAUUGGGCAGACAGCCUUUCAAAAAUGAAUGAAUUAAACUUAUUACUUAAAAGAACACAAUCGACAGUACAGGUUGCCAAUGAUAAAAUUUGAGUUUGCAAAUGAAAACUAGUAUUUAAAAAAAUUUUAUCUGCUACUAAGAGCUAGACAAUCCUCGAAGACGUCUGAUGAGAUUGAUGAUGUGUUCAUCGUUGUGAUUUUUGAAUCCUAUAGUGAACAUCAACAUCUAGGAGAUCUUCAUACGUGGUGAAUCCGUAUUUUUUAAGUGAUCAAUGCAAAAUACUUACAAAUCAAAGAUCCAAGUGCAUGAUAGAUCUUUGGGUUUUAAUGUAACAGUAAAAAAAGUUUUGCUGAUUCAUCUCCAUUUCUUUGGGCAAAAGAUGUCAGGCCCAAGAGUUGCUACCUAGGUGAAGAUAGGAAAUUGAAGUGCCACUCUUGAACAGUGAUAGUCUUAGGGACCGCCUGCCACAAUGCAAAGGGUUCCUCUAGAAACUGGACCCAGAUACACAGCUUCCAGAGAGGUCACAUGACCAAGCAGUGUGGGCAAGAAUUAAAGAACAGGGCCUCCCUGGUGGUGCAGGGGUUAGAGACACAGCGCUAUCCAACUAUUGGCAGCCACUGCAACAUGAGUUCAAUCCCUGGCCAGGGAGCUAACCUACAUGGCACAGCAGACCUCUCUUGUCUCGCCCACUGCUCCCCUCAGCAGUGUAUUUCAGUAGAUCCGCCUGUUCUGCUCCCCAUUCUGUCUGGUGAAUCCUCUAUCCCAACGUUUCAGUCCUCUGACCCUACUUACCUUGGGGUUCUUAAUAGCUUAUCCCAACACUCCACAACUUCGGAAGCUUUUCUAAGUCCGACAAAAAGAUUUUUAAAGUAAAUCUGAAAAUAUACUCUUCAUUUCACAUUUUGAUUCUGCACAUUCUUUGAUGUCACAUAAAAACAUUAGUCAUGCUGAGCUUGCCCCUCUAAACAGACUCUACAAUUUGCUCAGAGUAAACGAAGAUGUGUUUUCUCCUUCAGAAAAAAGAAAACCCAUUUUAUUUUCAGUUCCUUUUGGAAGAUAAGCUAACAUUGGAACACACUGAUUGGUUAUGUUAUUUUUAAAUGAAUUUUUAAUAGCAAAUAAUUUGUUCCAUCUGGGGAAAGGCUGAUGGCAUUUUCAGCAACAGGGCACACAUCAGAAUGGAUUAUUUCUAGCAUAUUUUAAAAAAAGUUUAUUUAGAUCCACAUCACACUGGUCGCUCAGUGUCAGUGGCAUUUCCUGAUCCUGGAGAGGGGCUAAGCCCUUGGCUGCUUCUCUCAUCCCUUGGGCCAUUUGCCGCUCACAAUAUCAAAGACCAUUUGCUCACCACACCCCCACCCCUCUGUGAUUUAACCAGUGGGGAAAAAAGGGGCGACUGUUGUGGUUCACACUGUGGUAGUAGUUCACACUGAACUUAACCCCAGCUAUUGGCAAAGGGAUCUGAUGGUGUCAUGCAUGAGCAGUUGAACUUGGCUCCUAUGAGAGUGCUUUUCCCAUAGCACACAGCUUCAUUACAGAAGAGGGAGCAGAAACAGAAUUUAGAGCAAGGGAUGAGGUAGUUCUGAGGCCCCGUUUUGAUCCAUCCAGUUCUCAUCUGUCCCUGGGGAGCUCCAGAAUAAAAGGCAGUCACAAAAGAGAAGGAAAGAAGUGUUAUUUAAAUAUCCAUAUUCAUAGUAACACUAUUUGUGUAGCCAAAAGGUGAUGGACACCCAAGUGUCCAUCAAUGAUGAAUGUCUAAACAAAAUGCACAUACAUAUAAUAGAAUAUUAUUCAGCCUUGAAAAGGAAGGAAAUUCUUAUACAGCUUACAAUGUGGAUGGACCUUGAGGACAUUGUGCUAAGUGAAAUAAGCUAGGUACAAUAGGACAAAUAUUGUAUGAUUCCACUUAACUACUUAGAAAAGUCAAUCAAGUUCACAGAAAGUAGAACAGUGGUUACCAGUGACCGUGGGGAGGGAAGAAAGGGUAAUUACUGUUUAAUGGGUACAGAAUUUCUGUUUGGAAAACCAAAAAAUCUCUGGCAAUGUAUAGUGGUGAUAGUUGCACGACAAAGUGGAUGUACUUAGUGCCACCGAAGAGGUAAUUAAAAUGGUAAAUUUUAUGUUAUG